AUGAGCAGGAGAGUGAGGAGGAAGUAUGCCAAGAAGGGUAGAGACAGGGAAAGCUACCCUGAGAUUGAUGAGAAAAUUGGUUCGGAUAAUGGCGGCUUGCUCGACUGGACUAGGUUGCCCGAUGACACAGUAAUUCAGUUCUUUUCAUGCCUGAACUAUCGGGACCGUGCCAGCCUGUCGUCCACCUGUGGCACGUGGCGGGCCUUGGGUAAAUCUCCGUGCUUGUGGCGGGCCUUGGAUCUCCGGGCCCAUAAAUUUGACUCCUCGGCGGGCACCUCCCUCGCCUCCCGGUGUGAAAGCCUCCGUGAAAUCCGAUUCCGUGGGCCCGAAUCAGCUGAAGCCAUCAUCAAUCUUCGGGCUCGGAACUUGCGGGAGAUCACCGGGGACAGCUGUCGGAGAAUGACCGAUGCAAUUCUAUCCAUGCUGGCGGCCCGACACGAGUCCCUCGAGUGCCUCGUCAUCGGCCCUGAUUCUUGUGAUAAGAUCACAAGCGAAUCCAUAAGGACAGUUGCCAUUUGUUGCCCAAAGCUCCGAAAACUCCAACUCUCAGGAAUUCAUGACGUGAAUGCUGGGGCAAUCGAUGCUCUGGCGAGUAACUGCCACCUUUUGACUGAUAUCGGGUUCAUAGACUGCAAGAAAAUAGACGAAUAUGCCCUGGGGACUGUUCGGUCCGUCCGACUCCUUUCGGUGGCCGGGACUACAAACCUGCAAUGGGACUUGGUCUUGCAGAACUGGACAAGCCUUCCGAACUUGGUUGGUUUGGAUGUUUCCAGAACGGAUAUUGAACCAUCGACCGUGACCCGUUUUUUCUCAUCCUCUGCCAGCCUAAAGGUUUUGUGCGCCUUGAAUUGCCCGUCGCUCGAGGAGGACUCGAGCUUUGCCUCGAACAAGAAUCUCAAGGGAAAAGUGCUGUUGGCUGUCUUCACAGAUAUUCUCAAAGGAGUGGCUUCAGUGGUUGGUGAUAACCCGAAAAGUGACGGGAAUUGUUUUCUGGACUGGAGAAACUCUAAAAUCGGCGAUAAAAAGAUCGAUGAGAUUAUGAGUUGGCUCGAGUGGACGAUAUCCGGUGCUCUCCUUCGCAUUUCUAUGAGUAAUCCUUCUGGUUUGGAUAGUUUCUGGCUCAACCAAGGGACUGCCUUGUUGCUUGGUUUCAUGCAGAGCCCGCUGGAUGAAGUUCAAGAGAGGGCAGCCACGGCUCUUGCGACUUUUGUAGUGAUUGAUGACGAGAAUGCGAGUAUCGACACGGGAAGGGCUGAGGCAGUAAUGAGAGAUGGUGGCACAAGGCAUCUGCUAAAUCUUGCUCGGUCAUGGAGGGAGGGACUUCAGUCUGAGGCAGCUAAGGCAAUAGCAAACUUAUCAGUGAAUGCUAAUGUUGCCAAAGCUGUAGCAGCAGAAGGAGGCAUCACCAUCCUUGUAAAUCUUGCGAGGUCUGUGAGUAGGUUAGUUGCUGAAGAGGCUGCCGGAGGACUUUGGAACCUCUCUGUUGGUGAAGAUCACAAGGGUGCUAUUGCAGUAGCUGGUGGAGUAAAAGCUUUGGUUGACCUUAUCUUUAAGUGGUCAAUGUCCAGUGGUGGUGAAGGAGUUUUAGAACGUGCUGCUGGGGCAUUGGCAAAUUUGGCUGCGGAUGAUAAAUGCAGCCUGGAAGUUGCUUCAGCCGGCGGUGUGCAUGCCUUAGUGAAGCUGGCUAAGAGUUGCAAAUUCGAGGGUGUGCAAGAGCAGUCAGCUCGAGCAUUGGCCAAUUUGGCCGCCCAUGGGGAUAGUAAUAACAAUAAUGCUACAGUUGGGCAAGAAGCAGGAGCACUCGAAGCCCUUGUUCAACUUACACAUUCCCUUCAUGACGGUGUCAGGCAAGAAGCUGCUGGUGCAUUGUGGAAUUUAUCCUUUGAUGACAGAAAUCGAGAAGCAAUUGCAGCAGCUGGUGGAGUUGAGGCUUUGGUUGCUCUAGCGCAUUCGAGUGCAAAUUCGUCUCAUGGGCUUCAGGAGAGGGCUGCAGGUGCUCUCUGGGGAUUGUCUGUCUCAGAAGCAAAUAGCAUUGCAAUUGGGCAACAAGGAGGCGUGGCACCACUAAUAGCACUAGCCAAAUCUGAUUCUGAGGAUGUGCACGAGACUGCAGCUGGGGCUCUUUGGAAUCUUGCUUUCAACCCGGGCAAUGCUCUUCGUAUUGUAGAAGAAGGAGGUGUGCCUGCAUUAGUUCAUCUUUGUUCCUCGUCUGUAUCGAAAAUGGCUCGUUUUAUGUCUGCUUUGGCACUUGCCUAUAUGUUCGAUGGAAGAAUGGAUGAAAUUGCACUUGUGGGAACAUCGGGUGAGGGCAUUUCCAAAAGUGUGAAGUUAGAAGGGCUUAGAAGAUUAGCUAUGAAAAAUAUAGAUGCAUUUGUGAUGACAUUUUCGGACCCUCAAGCAUUUGCCUCUGCAGCAGCCUCGUCUGCACCUGCACCGCUGGCGCAAGUAACCGAGUCGGCUCGUAUUCAAGAAGCUGGCCAUCUCAGAUGCAGUGGUGCUGAAAUCGGGAGAUUUGUUACUAUGCUACGUAACCCUUCCCCUACGCUAAAGGGAUGUGCUGCAUUUGCUCUUCUUCAGUUUACCAUCCCGGGAGGGCGGCAUACCGGGCUUCAUGUUCAGCUCCUUCAGAAUUCGGGGGCCCCACGCGUGCUUCGUGCUUCGGCUGCGGCUGCUUGUGCUCCUAUCGAAGCCAAAAUCUUCGCUCGGAUUGUGCUUCGCAACAUGGAACCACAUCAAAGGGCCGGAUGUUCCGUCUGA